CAAAGUUGGUAAAUAAAUAUCAAAUCGAAGAAAUUCUCGGUCGAAAAAGUUUUUUGAAUAGAAUUUAAUUAUGUCUGGCGAUGAUUGUGAUGCAUUAGAUCGCGGAGAUAGCGAUGGGCAAAAAUCAGACAAAAUGUUUACAUUAAAAAAAUGGAAUGCGGUUGCGAUGUGGAGCUGGGAUGUGGAAUGUGAUACCUGUGCCAUUUGUCGAGUUCAAGUUAUGGAUGCCUGCUUGAGGUGCCAAGGGGAGAGCAAGAAGGAUUCUUACGGCAAACAGGACUGCGUAGUGGUAUGGGGUGAAUGCAACCACAGCUUCCACUUCUGCUGCAUGUCACUUUGGGUGAAACAGAACAACCGUUGUCCGCUCUGCCAACAGGAGUGGUCCAUACAACGUAUGGGGAAAUAAUCUCUUGUGCAUCUUGCUUACUCACAAAUCUGCUGAAUUUAUGAUAAGAUCGCAGAUUUAUGGUCAAUUUGGGUGAGGAUGCUUUUUUUAUGCAUGACAAUGCCCGACCUCAUACAGGUUGGAUAGUGAAUACUUACUACCUUCAAGAGAUGAACAUUACUCUUAUGGAGUGGCCAGCACGCAGUCCGGAUAUCAACCUGAUCGAACAUGCUUAGGACGAGCUAGGGAGAUGCGUAAAACAACGAAACAAUUACGCUUCAUGAGCUCAAAAUAAAUUGCUCUCACUGCGGAAUGUGAGAAUAUUCCCCAAAAUCGUAUAAGGAACUUGGUGAACAGCAUGCCAAACCGGGUAAACGCAGUAAAACAGAAAUUUGUUUUAUUUCCUUAUAUCAAGCAUAUUUAAAAGAACUAUUAGGUAUGUAUGUAUCCCUCGAAAGAAAGUGCUAAGUAUUCCUAAUCUGGGUGUAUUGAGACUCUACUCAAACUACACCCUCGAUGGUAUAUCGGCCACUUUCUAUCAAACAAAGUACUAUAUCAUACAUAAUCUAAGUGUAUUAUGAUAUAUUACUUUGUUUGAUUAACUUCAUUGAGAAACAGGUAUAAAAAUUGUUUAAAUAAGCUGUACAUUAUAAUCAGAAAACUAAUAACGUUCAAUUUGCAAAACGUUACGUUACAGCCAGCACGGAGCGGCGUUGGAUAUCAAAGACUUCAAAGGUUAAGUUUGUUCCAAUAUUUUCAAUUUAGAGCUCACAGGAAAAUUCCGCUCCUGAUCGGUAACAAUUACAUCAAUCUAGCCAGCCCGUGAAUGGCGCCAAGUGCCAGCAUAUCAUGGAAGUAGGGUUAGCAAAUCCCCAAAACUAUGAAUAAAAAGUCCGUGAUUUAUUUUACUAUUUACGUAUGACUUCCACUGUUAUCUGUUUUGAUAGGCAUUAUAAAAAGACUCAUAAAAUAUACAUAAAAACUUCACGUGGUAGUCAAUACUGACUGAUUGUAAACAUAGUACUGCCAUGGGACUAUGCCACCUGAGUUUUAAAGCUAAUCUAAUAUUUAUAGAUAAAAGAUGACCAACAACUCUAUCUAGUAAGAGCACGAAAAUAUCAAGAAUAAUGUAACAAAUUCUAUUAAAGUGAUUAAAAAAUUCUUUAAAAAGAUGACAGUAUGACUUAUAACAGUAUGGUGUGCACGGAC